AGGCGGGCUACCGCAGCGCAGCGAUCGCUCUCCGGAGCUCGGCUACGCUCGGCUAUGUCAGGCACGAAAGCAAUGGUGGCAAUUUGCGGCGGUGAAUAAGGAUUCUCUAAAUGUUUGUACCUGAGCAUCUGUACUCGCGAUGUUCUGGCAUUAAGGGAUAAACGUACUUUGCGAGUUGGUAACCAUGUAACUUAAAAUAUUCGAUCAUAGUCGCAAAGACAAAUUUUGUAUGCUUGUUUUUAAUGAUGUCAAAUUAGGACCGUGAUAAUUUGAAGAAAACAUUGCCGUGUGUGGUUGUGGACCAUUAUUAAAAUGUUGAGAGGCAUCAGAAACUUUAAAAUGGUGUAUUUUUUGCAUCGAAAGGGCUGGAAAAGAGUACACUGAAUUACCCAAUUAGAGUUUUUUAUUAAUUUAGGAAUUAAUUAAUAACAACGAUAAAGUGAUGGAAUCAGCAGAACAAUCCACCGCUUCAGUGAAGCAAGAGACUGAAAAUUCCUCUAAUACGCCAGAACCUAUGGACGACAAGGCAAAUUCUCAAGAAGAGAGUGUUCCAAGUCCCACCACUGGAGAUGAUCCUCCAACAAAUCCAUGGUCUUCGUCAAAGUGUAUAUUGUGUGAGCAAGUGUUAACAACUGCAGAUGCUCCUAAACUUCUUGAAUGUUUACAUUCAGCAUGUUCUUCUUGUGUCUCAAGUAGACUCAGUGAACCCAGUCAAGUUAAUGGAGAUGUUAUUGUUGAGAAUGACAUUAUUAUAUGUACAGUAUGUAAUGUACAUUGCCGUGCUUCUAAUAUUAUUGAGAAUCAGUUCUUAUUGGAAGCAGAGAGUGAUUCUGAGAGUGCACAGAAUUCCAAGACAAGUGAUUUAAAAUGUACAAGUUGCCAUGAUAAUGCAGUUGCAACUAGUUGGUGUGUAGAAUGUUCAGAGUAUAUAUGUGAUGGUUGUGUCCAGGCUCAUCAGAGAUUAAAAAUUACAAAAGAACACUCCAUCAAGCCCAAAGAUGAAGCCGAUCAAGAUAAUCAGGCAUCAGCAAGUACAACUGUUCCAAAAAGUUUAUAUUGUUCAGUUCACAGACAGGAGCGUCUUUCUCUAUUUUGUGAAACUUGUGACAAAUUGACAUGUCGAGAUUGUCAGUUAACUGAUCAUCGCGAUCAUAAGUAUAAGUUUAUUCAUGAAAUUGCUGCAGAAACAAGAAACGCUAUUAACGGCUUACUGUCUGAAGUGAGCUACAAGAGAGUCUUAUUAACAAGUGCUAUGAAAGUGAUUGAUGACAGACAAAAUUUGAUUGUCCAAAAAAAGAAAGCAUUAGUGAAGGAAAUCACUCAUCUAGUGGUGAAAUUGACCAAUACUAUUAAUGCAAGAGGAAAGCAACUGGUAAUGCAGUUGAAUGAAGUGUGUGAUAGCAAGCAGAAAACAUUGCAUGAAAAGAAGACUGCUUUAGAACAAUUAUCUAAUUUAACUGAUCACUGCAUAGACUUUGUUAACAAUGCCUUAAAUAAGGGCAGUGACAUGGCUUUACUUUUUAGCAAAAGAGCUUUGCACAAUCACCUUCAGCGCAUUAAGAGUCUGAUGUCCAACAUCGGCAGUAUAAUUGUUGAUGGCAGAGUGUACGCCUCCUCAAUCGGACUGAAUCAAGGUGCUAACCAGCAAAAUGGUUCUGCAACUAACCAGCAACAACAGCAGCAGCAGCAACAACAACAGCAACAGCAGCAGCAACAACAACAACAACAACAACAACAACAACUUCUGCAACAACAGCAGCAACCAGCUGCUGUACAACCACAGCAAAUGCAGCAACCACCACCACCACCACCACAGCAACAACAACAACAACAACAACAACAACUGCAACAUCAGCAGCACCUCCACCAUCAACAACAGCAACAUUCACAACAGUUGACACCACAGAAUGAUCAACAGCAGCAACAGCACUAUAUGAUGCAGUCACAACAAACCAUGCAACAUCAGCCAUUCCAACCGCCUCCUCCACAGCAGCAGUUGCAGCCUAUGAUACCUCAUACUCAACCUCAAAUGCAACUGCAGCCAUUGCAGCAACUGCAGCACCAUGUUCAGAGACCACUCUCAGGUGCCAAUCAGAAUAAUCAGGGCCAGGUCCAUGUUGCUCCCCCCUUGCAUCCUGUUAAUCGUGUUUCUCCCCAAAUGCAUUCAAACCGUUCAUCUCCCCACCAGCCUUUACAACAAGGUCCCCCAAAUGUCCCUCGCUCUGUUCCUGCUGCCCUGAGACAAUCUCUAAACCCAGGACAGUUAUCACAUGUUCAAGCUGUUGGUUUAAUGCAGUCCCCUCAGAACAAUCACCAAGUAACUUCUUCCACCCAUCCACAAACAGUUGGUUUGGAUGGCCUUAAUUUACGAGGUCUUUUGUCACCUCAUCAGACAACGGCAUCUUAUAGUAUGGGACAACCUGUACUUAGAGUCAGUAUGUCUAAUCCAUCGCAUCCAUCGUUACAUCCUGGUUCUUCCGCAGGCUACAGACUUCCUUCGCCUCAAGCGUAUCCUCAAAACAUUCAACCUCGGUUCACAAAUGCUGUACCUAAUCAGACUGCACCUGUGUAUCAUCUUCAGCAGCAGAUGCAUCAUCCAGUGCAGCAACAGCUGCACCAGCAGCCACAACAGCAAGCAAGAAUCUCUCCUCAGGCAAUUAUAUUUAACAGUCCAGGAGCAAGAGCAGCUGUUCACCCACGUGUGCCUAGUCCUCAAAGUUCAAUGAGCCAUUUGCAUGGACCAGGAAUACAGUGGCACAUCCCACAGAGUGGGGGUGGAUUAAUUAAUGGGAGCAUAUUGGGACCGCAGAGUGGAGUUCAGCCUGCAGCAAGACCACCUCCACCUGCGCUUCCAAUAGACGAGUCAUUUAAAAUUACUCUUAAGACACAAAUGGCCCCACAGAGCCAGAGGUUGAGUACUUUGGGACCAACACAGAAUCUUGCUCCACUCACAGAUGGAAACAAGAUGGUGACAUCAUCUGUUUCAAAAACCCCAAGUCCAAAUCAAGGAAGGGUGGAAGAUGCUGAGAAGAGUCUGGAUAAUUUCUGUCAGGAAUCAGUUAAUGACCUUAUGGCUACCAUAGCAAAACUAGAUCGCAAUGGAAUAGAAGUUGUUCCUGAAGAACAGAAAGCAACUUCUGGUGAUGUGCCAUUGGCAGACAGUUCUACUGGACUAGAUGAAGUUGCUGGUCCAUCUCAAACCACCACUCCCAUAAUUCAAGAUCAAGAAAAAGGUGUAUGUGUUGAGUCAGAUACUCAGAAAGAUGACCCAAAUGAAGACUGGUGUGCUGUUUGUAUGGAUGGUGGAGAACUAGUGUGUUGUGACAAAUGUCCUAAGGUUUUCCAUGUGUACUGUCAUAUACCACAUCUGAAAGCAAUUCCGGAGGAAAGUGAGACAUGGCAGUGUCUUCUUUGUACAAAUCUCAAAGAAGUCCUGGAUGGUCCUUCUAGUCCAGCUGCAGACAUUAAUUUACUUCACUUAAGUGCAAAGGAUCUAAAAGUUGCUCAAAGAAUUCUGCUAGAAAUAUAUUGCCAGUAUGAACCCAGUCUUCAUUUUCGAGAAGCAGUUGGCCCUGAGGUCAGGGAAUACCAUGAUAUUAUCAAGAAUCCUAUGUCUCUGGAUGUAAUUCGGCGGAAACUGGAUCCUAAUGAAGUUGAGAAAUAUUCUAGCCUUCAAGAAUUUGUGAGUGAUAUUCGCCUCAUAUUCAAAAAUGCGCGACUAUUCAAUCCGAAGGAUAGUCAAGUGUAUCAAGAUGCAAAGAAUUUGGAAGAAUUUUUUGAUAAACUCUUGGAGAAAUGGUUGCCAGCUUAUGCAUACGAAUCAGCUAUAGGUUCCGAUGAUGAUGACAAUUCUCCUGCAAGAAAGUACCGACGUAUUAUGACAGAUUAAUAAUAGUCCCAUGUAUAAACCUGUAAUAAUUUAUAGGACCGCAGACUUUCAUUGAAACUAUUUGAUGUUUAAUGCAUGUGAUCUGACCUCUCUUCUUCAGUAUAGUGGAGUAGGCAUAUCAUGAAUGAAUUCAAUUGUUAACGUUUGUUAAUGUGUAUUUCUUAGCUGUGUUAAUGUAUUUCUAAGAGAUUGGCUCUAUAAAAUGAGGUUUUUAACUACUGUUUGUAAUAAGGCCCAAAAGAGGAAUGUUUUUCUAUGAACAAACAAAAUGUAUCAGGGUUGUGUAUUUUAUUUACAGUUUUGUGUGUUAGUUCUGACUGAUAACUGUAAUUAAAUAUAGAAUGGUUUGUGUAAUUAAAAACAUACAGAAAACAUUAAGCAUUGAAUUUAUUUGAGAAUAAAUGACAUAAAUGUGUUACUUUGUAAAUACAAGAGUAGGUACAAAUGUUUAGGAAAUAAAAGUGCUAGUAGAUCAUUGAAUUUCAAAACAUACUCAGUUGUACUGUUAAGUAUAUGUAUAUUUAUAAUGCACAUUUGUUAUUUCAAUGUUUUACCUCAGGGAUUCCCAGUUUAAUUAAUUGGGUACAUUGAGGCUUCCUAACAAUCUUCGCAUCAGUAUUUCAGAAUAAUUAGAUUCUAACCUUAUCAUCUUUGUUAGCCACCGUUAUCACUGAGUUAAUGUAGAUUGUAUUCAGGUUUUUAAUUUAGUUAAUUGCUCUGUGUAGUUGUCAACAUCUCAAGUUAUAUGAUGUCAUUUAGUUUUGUAGUAUAGAGAGUAAUAGAUCUAAAAAGGUGUUCAGUUUAAAGUUUUAUGAAAACAAACUUAUUUGGUAGAAAAUACAUGAAAUUAUAAAUUUUUGUAAUGUUUUACAAAUUAUUAAAUGAUAAGAUCAUGUUUCUGCAAAUGGCAUUUUCUGUCAUUGAUGUAAAGGUUCAGAUUAUGUUAAAAUCUAAUCUAAAGAGCCAAGUCAGGUAAUAAUAAUAAUAAUUUUCUAAAUAACUAAAAUAGUUUUUAUGUGUGGAUUUUGAAAUUGAUAAAAUCAUAUAUUUUAAGAAUAAUCAGUUUCAUUGCAGAUCUAAUUACUGUAAUUCGGGAAUCCCUGGUGCACACUUCUUUUCAUGUGUCAUUUAAGGGUAUUUUUGGUUAAUUUGUAUGGGACAAAGAUUGUUUUAAUUGGGCUGAUUUGGAAAUGUAGGACUUUUCCUCUUAGGAAAGAUGUAUGAUAUUUCAGUAUGUUGACAAAUGAGAUGAUUUAUAUUGAUAAAAUAAUUAGAAUGUCAUUUUAUUCUUGUUGAUAUUUGGUCAGUUGAUGAUCCACCAUAUCAUUGUUUGUUAAGAGAUAAUUUGAAUCUGUUUGCAUUCAACCUCUAUCAAUGCACUCCUAGAUUACGCUUUUUGUAUCUAGAGGCACUGUGCAGUAUAUGUACAUUCUAUUUUUUUCCUUGUCAGAAAGGUUCUGGAGCCUUUCUUCUACCAAUAGGAUUUUAUGGAGAUGUAAUUAUAUAAUACAAAGGCAUUGUAUAUGUAUGUUUGAAAAUCCAGUGACUUUUAGUAUGGGAUACAAUCUCUUUGUCUGCAAUAAGCAAGGUCAAAGGUUCUCUCCUCACAAAAUUAUAAUUCCAUAUUUUGUAUAUUAUCUGAAGUAAAUAGAUAUAAAUUAAACUUUUCAAAUAAUACAAUUUUUGUUCCCAUUCUUCCCUCUCUCACAAAGGCUCUUUUUUUUUCUCUCUCAAAAAAGUUUUUUCCAUUUUGAAUGUCAA